AUGGAACAAGAAGUAGGGGAAUCGUUGAUUCAGUUGGGGAACUCGGAUAGUUCCGAAUCUAGCAGCUCAGAUCCUGUAACUCGUGUAAGAAAGCUAUUGUUUCGCCGUAUGCUGGUGGGGAUCAAAGACGGAAGGUUUUUCUUGGGCACUUUCCACUGCCUUGACAAGCAAGGAAAUAUCAUUCUCCAGGAUACAGUAGAGUACCGUAGCACUCGCCGGUCCUCUCCAUCUCCGAUGGAGCAACGAUGCCUUGGUCUCACUCUCAUCCCUGUCUCUUGUCGUGUCUCCUGUCAUGUGGAUUGCUCCGUCGAGGAACAGUUGUCGUUGCUGAAGGUAUAA